AUGCCUGCCAUUUAUUUGCAGACCAGCGAUGGGACGAGGAUUGCGGUGCCGGAGGAGGCCGGGGAGCUCUCCGUGGUUGUGCGCCUUGCAUUAGAAAUCUGGGCGGAAAACCACUGCCCGCAGGCCGCAUUGACAGAAGAUGAUUUUGAUAAUAUGUGCACGAACAGCGGAAGCGAUUCCGAGCGCACCCCCGACCACAUCAUGGAUGAUGAUGAGGAUGAGGAUGAGGAGGAGGAGGAGUAUGAUUACCCAUCAACCCGCAAUUGUAGUCAUGGUGCGUCGGGGAACCUCGACAAUGUCACGGCCGAAUACAAGGAAAGCCGCGAGUACGAUGGCGGGAGGCUCCGGGAGCCUUUCAUUGAGGCUUCGUGCGAUUUAGACCGUACAGUGAGCGUUUUGGAAGACGAUGAUGUAAACGGUAACGAUGACCGCAGCAGUAGCCGUACACCAUCAACGUGUCCCUCGAUAGACUCUGCACAAUCGCCACCCUUGCGGGGGCAACGAAAAACCCCACGGCGCCGUGGCGGCUCAAAAUUGAAUAGUUGUGAUGGGAACAAUGCCAUUGGCAGCCUGUGGUUUAGUGAAAAUGGCAAGGAAAUGCGGGAAUUUAUAUUGGCAGCGCCUGCAAUUGCCGCUGAUCGUGAUGACAGAGAAGAUAGUGCAACGCCAAGCACACUCGAGGAUGAAGAAGUGGAAAAGACACCCAACAAAGUUAUCAAUGAGCAGCAACGUUGUGUUAGUCUGGAUGCCCCACCGAUACCGGACUCAAACCCGCCCUCCGCACAUGCUCACCCCAUUUCACCCAACACAUCGGCGGCGGCGGCACCACCACCACCAUCAUCACCACCGGAAGAAAAGGCAGCAACUUUGGGUAGCGCAUGUGGGACUGACAGAGACAGUAGAGCUGGUUGCCUCGAACCCGCAUCGCGGAAUAACGACAAGAGGGUAGUUGUCAAUCGACGUGAUUCUAGCACCGUUUAUAUUGAACCCCCUCCUGCGGCUGGGGAGGAGGAACACGACGGUAUAGGGGAGAGGACUGCCUCCACAGAUUUCAUUUCCCCUAUCCCUACCCUUUUCUCACCACGCAGCCUUACAAACGAGGAGUUUUUAUCUCCCUCCGGAUAUCACCACCGUACUCCUUGCAUGAUUGGCGACGAAGAAGAAAAAUUGCUUCUCCCAGAUGGUCCCUUUUCAAGGUUAAUAGAAGAGAUGACGAUGUCGAAUAAGAGUAAGGAUUCGGUUUCUCCGGGGAGUGGUGGUAGUAACAAGAACAAUAACAACAGUAUUGGUACUCCUGGUAGCGUGGAGCCAUCGCCGCGGAAUUCACCGCCUACUCAUAGAUUAACAGAAAAUAGUACAAACAACACCCGCCCGCGGUCUAUUGUUCAAAACAGCAGUGUAGCUUCCUCCAAUCAUACUGCGGCCGCUGGAACGGGUGGUGGUCCAUCGACUGAAGGAUUUUCAGCGGGUCAUUUACAAUGUUUUAUAAUCUCGGAGGAGGAGAUUGUUAUUGAGGUACAUAAAUCUUUGCUUUUAGCCACCACUACCACGACCCAAAUCAACGAAAAGGAAAUACAGGAUUCUAGCGUGAAGUUAACAACGGCCUCGCAGAAUCAUAUGGCCCGCCGUCAAUCUAGAUCUGCAUGUUCAGCGACUACAACACCCGUUAGCACGAUGGAACAACCAACUAGCGCACGGAGUCAAGCGGAACCAGUGAAAUUGGUGCCAGCGCCAGCUGCAGUUUCUCCGGAUAGCCUCGGGAACAACAGUGCCGAUGUUUCUUCUCCCAUUCUCUCCGAGGCAUUGGGGUUCUGUGUGGCGUAUCUGCGUUACUUUGCUAGUGACGCGGAGCCGAUGGAACGACUGCGUCCGACGCUCAUCCCUGAGCCACUCAGUGCCCCGCUUCUCCGAUUUUUGAGUCCAUGGGAACGCGGCUUUUUGUACCGUGAAAUUCUUGGCCAGACGGAGGAGGAGCUGGCCACGGCGUUGGAAAUUCUGCACAUUGCCCCCACGAUCAGUUACAUUUACGCGGCGCCACUUUUAAGUCAACCAGCCAUUCGUGCCGCGUUGACGGUGAAAGUGCCUGCCUCGGAUCGCGUUAACCUGCUUGCUGGCGUCAUCCGUGCUGCGGGGAUGCUAAAGAUAUCUUCACUAGAGAACAUGUGCCUUGCGUGGUGUGCGGAUUUUAUAAUACGCGCGAGCUACGCGUCGAUGGAUUGCUUUGGGGCUGCCGCGUUAGUGCGUGAGUGCUUCAGCGUGCGGAAUGACUGGACAAGGAAGGAAGUGGAUUGCCUGAAAUUAGAGAACGAGUGGCCGGGCAACGAGGAGGAGUAG